AUGGCUAGAGUGAGAAUCUGUUUCUGCACUUUACUCUUGUUGCUCUCAUUCAACAUGUCCGAGACUCGCCCCCUGAGGAAUCAUGACCCUUUUUCUUCUUACUUCCCCCCCCGCUCCAUUUUCCUUAGUACUAUCAAGCACCUUAAUCCAGACUCAGAAGGCCGAAGCCUAGCCAUGAAAAGUGUUAAGGUCUCUUACAGCAUUGGGUUCAGAAAUAGCAAUGCAACAAGAAGCCCGUACUACCGACCCAAUCGAGUGAGUCCAGGAGGUCCAGAUGCACAUCAUCACUUCAAAAUAGGGAAUAAUACGCGCUAA